CUACAACAAUUUGAGUUUUGUUUGUGUGGUUGGUGUGUACGUGUGUCGGUACUUAGGUGUAGGUGUGUGAGGACGAAAAUUAAUGAUUACUGUCACCAAGAAUGUACAGAGUGUGGAUUUGAAAGCCGAAACCGUUUGCUGAGUGGAAGGAGAUUACAGCAAUUGAUAGGGACUAGUAAGUGUUCUCAGGAUGCAAAAAGUCCGUCACGCUAUAGUCGAUUAAAUGAGAUUCUACUCAGGAAGAACUCAGAAACAGUUUUCACGCUCUCCAGUCACAAUUCUGCUCCCUCCGAAAUCCCGCUGAGGUUCGAUUCCUAG